ACCAAUUACCAUCCUCCAAGACCUCAACAACUUAAACCUCCCUCACAAAAACACCCCAAAUCUCUCAUCAGUUUCUCUCUCCUCCACCAGCAGCAGCAGCACCACCACCACCUCCACGAUGCGGUGGCGCGGUGGUGGGCUAGGACUAGCAGCAAUAUCAUACAUCACCAUUGAUUACCUCCGAGAAAUCUCCCCAACAUGGCACUCUCGUCUUCAACCUGCACUCUGGUCCAUUCUAUCUCUCAUCGCCCUCACUCGCAUCUUCACUUACAAACAUUGGUCUGCAGAGUUCCGCGCUGUCCUUCCUUUUGUUGGCUCCAUCGUUUUCCUUCUCUCCGCUCUGCUUCUUGAAAUGCUCUCUGUUCGCUCUGUCACCGCCGUCCUCGGCCUUGAUUGGCACAGAAAUACACCUCCUCUUCCUGACACUGGCCAGUGGCUACUCCUGGCAUUGAAUGAGAAGCUUCCCCAGACUGUGGUUGACAUAUUGAGAGCACACAUAGUUGGGUUGCACCACUUCUUGAUGUUGUUUAUUAUGCUUGCUUUUUCUGUGCUAUUUGACUCUGUAAAAGCCCCUGGCUUUGGGCUUGGAGCAAGGUACUUGUUCACAUUGGCAAUUGGCCGCCUCUUGCGGGCCAUAAGUUUUGCAUCAACAAUUCUGCCAUCAGCUCGGCCUUGGUGCGCUGCAGCUCGCUUUCAAGUUCCAGGGCAUCCUCAUCGUUGGGCUCAGAAGUAUUAUGUCCCUUAUGCUUCGGACGCAAAUGCUAUUCGUCAGUUAUUAAAUAAGGAUUUUGCUUAUGCUGAUCCUGGUACAGUACUUAGUGACUAUCGCCCUGACUGGGGUUCAAUGAGCUUUCUCAUCGAUUUUCUGCGUCCAACUCCGACUGAGGGCACUUCAUGGUAUCAUUUGCUGAAGAAAGCUGGAGGCGGCUGCAAUGACUUGCUGUACAGUGGCCACAUGCUUGUUGCUGUACUCACAGCCAUGGCCUGGACGGAAGCUUAUGGAGGUUUUAGUUCAGCCCUUGUUUGGCUGCUAGUCCUGCACAGUGCUCAGAGAGAAAUCAGGGAGCGCCAUCACUACAGUGUAGAUUGUAUCGUAGCUAUCUACGUUGGUAUCCUCUUGUGGAAGAUGACGGGAUUCAUAUGGUCAUCUCAGAAUCUCUCUAGAAUGAAAAGGCUUAACAUGCUAGAAAAGAUCCACGGUAAGUUAUUCCAGGCUGCUAAAGAUUCUGACAUAGAAGAGGUGCAGAAACUUCUGAGUGAAGUUGAGUUAGGAAGUCAGCAAAGUCAGCAAGGAAAAGUAAGUAAUAAGGUUAUGUGGUUAUUUCCUCUGGUGACUACUAUCUCCACCUUCACAAUCAUUAUUUUGGCGUUCACGUUUACUAGUGAUGGAUAAUUUUACUCUGCAAUCCAGCAGCCAUGAUCAACUUUGUAAUCUUUCCCCAUCUGUUUUCCUACCGCUGUAACAAGUUGUUUGUAAUUGGCUUUCCGCUGUGAUUUGUGAGAGUUGGAUGCAUUUUAGACAUGAUAUUCAACAAUAUUAGAUUAUAGUUUUGUGUCAUAUAUGCUGUUGUGGCACCACUUUUCAUCCCUAGAGCUGGAUUCAUCGGCUCCAGUUGGUGGUUGUAAAAACUGUAAGCGCUUGUAUUUCUGAAAGGUUAAACAUUUGCUUGAAAGUGUUGAAGGUGAGACGUGCUCAGAAUUUGGAAUUGGCCAUUGCUAGUUUCUGUUUGCAA